AGGUUUGAAUGCGUGGAGAUGAGCGAGUUAGAAAACAAUAGUCUUUAAUUAGAACUUCAGCCGAAAUGACAACAGGAUUGUGUGAUACAAUUGUGCAUGGAUUAUCUGAUUAUAUGCUGCUCCAAGCUCCGGAUUAAACGAUGGAUUCGAAAUUGUGGAUUACAAUUCGUGAGUACUUUAAUUUCAUCAUGGUUGCGCAGAAAUGGUGGCCAUGGCUCGCGUGGUAUUAGUAAAAAUGCUUCUUGGAAUAAGGAGCUACUGCGCCGACGCCGAUGUCGGAGUGCCGCCCUCAGAGUUCUUAUCAUUGGUCCUGCAGUUGGCUGCAAAAAAGAUUUUGGACUUCUUACAUGAAGCAGGAUCAAACAAAGAAGAGCUGCAUUCUAUCAUUUCUGUUAUGUGUAAACUUAGUGAAGAUGAAGAAGCGAUGGUCAGAUCGGAGGUUAUGGGACACAUACCAGCCAUUGCAUUAUUUUGUAAAGACCACUGUGCUGGCCUUAAAACAGUCAUACGUCAGCAGUUAGUGCCUUACACAGUCAAACUUUUAACUGAUGACCAGCUGCAGGUUAGAGUAGUUGGUCAGUCAUCUCUACUUGUUUUAUUAGAAAAUAACUUGAUUGACAAUUCUCAGCUAUCAGAGUGGAUUUGUCCAUUGAUUUCACAAUUGGCAACUUCAGAAAGUAACAAUGAAGAACUAAGAGUUGAAGAUGUUACAGUAAUGUGCAAGAUGAUUCCACAUGUAGGGAGAGAAAUAACUGUAAAAAUGUUUCUGGAACCUUUUGUGUCACUCUGUUGCAGUUCUACAUUCACAUUUCGAAAGGUGUGUGCUUUAAAUUUUGGCCAGAUAAGCAAAGUUGUUGGAACUGAACUCACAGAGUUAAAUUUGCUUCCCUCCUUUCUUAAUCUCGCUAACGAUGAAGUCUGGGGCGUUCGGAAAGCAUGUGCUGAUGUCUUCGUUGACGUAGCAAGUGUGAUUAAUAUACAAACAAGAAAAGAAGUACUUUCACACAUAUUUAUUAAUCUUUUGAGUGACAAUUCUAGAUUUGUAAAGAACGCUGCCUACCGAUCUUUGGGAGGAUUUAUUUCUACUUUUGCUGAUCCUUUAAAAUCAGGCAUGAAGUAUGAAAAUGGUUCUUGCAUUCAUCUGUGUAUGGAAAAUGGUACUGGAGAGCAUCUUGAUAGUUUGGGCGAAAGUGAGAAAGAAAAUGAAAAUAAAAGCUUAAAUAAUAGUAAUAAUAAUUCACAUCAAGGUGAAGUAAAAACUGAUGAUUCUGUUACAGAGAAAAGUAAUUUGGAGGCUUCAGCGAACAAUUGUUUUGACUCUAAUGUAAUUAAUCAAAAUAAUUCUUCAGAGAAGAGUAAAGAAACUCUGAACAAUACCGAUGUUAACACUGAUACACAAGACACUUGCAUCUUAAAUAGCAAUAGUAUUAGAACUGGGAAAGUAGCAUGCCAUUUUGUCCAGACUGUUCAUAAUGAUUUAGGAAAUAAACCAGACAAGGAUUCUUACAAAACUGAUGAAAAAGAGACGGAUGAUGUUUUUAGGAACAAAACAAAUGAAAUGAAUUUAUCUUCAAGUUUAGAAGAAAAAGACAUUAAAAAAAUGAACAGCUCAUGUGCAGCAGAUGCAGUACAAGCUGAUAUCAUUUCUCAUCACAGUAAUGAAAAUGUGUAUAAUAAUUUCCAGUUUUGGAGAAUACCCUUACCUGAGAUUGAAAUAAAUUUUGAAAUUGAGAGUAAGGUACCUACAAACAGUAACAAUCAGUGUUUUGGAAUAAAUAGAGUAUGUCAAAAGAAUUUGUACAAAGAAUCUAUAUUCACAGAUGGUGUAAAUUUUGAUUCAAGUAAAUCGGUCAUAAGUUCUAGACAGUCAUCUCUGUCGAGGAUGAAAGUUGAGGAUACUCUUGCUAUUUCUAAUAACUCACAGAAUUCUAUAGUAGAUUCAGCAGAGCAGAGUUGGAUAGCAAGUUCUCUUAUCCAGAAUUCUGUGGAAGAUCUUGAUGAACUGUUAAGGAGGAAACUAACCAAAAAAAGCUCAAAGUCUAUUUUAAAAGAAAUGACUGUUUAUGAUCAGGAUAUAGUUCCUCCUGAGCUUUUAUCAAGAUUUAUUGAUGCUGGGGAUUCCUCUUUCCUGACACGAGAUAUAAAUAAACAUCAGGAAGAUGAGAAAGCUGGAUUCUGUGCUUACAGUUUUCCUGCUGUGGCAUAUACUUUAGGGAGAAAAUACUGGCCUUGUGUCAAAACUAUGUAUCAGAAACUUGCUCGAGAUUUAAAGUGGACUGUUCGUGGAACAAUAGCAUCCUGUUUGCAUGAGCUAGCCGAGAUUCUUGGAAAAGAUAUAGUUGUUUCUGAUUUAUUGCCAAUUUUCUUAGAAUUGCUCAAAGAUGUAGAUGAAGUACGAAUAAGAAUUGUUUCGCACCUGCCAGAUUUCUUAAAGCACCUUGAUGCUUCUGAAAGAACACAGUUCCUUCCAUUAAUAGAAGAAUUCACAAAAAUGGACAAUGAUAAAAAUUGGAGGUUUCGGUAUGCUGUGGCAGAGCAGCUGAAACCAACAACAGAUUUGUAUAGUGCAUCAGAUGUUCAUGAAUAUUUUGUGCCUAUAGCAUUAUUUUUAAUCCAAGACAGAGUUUCAGAAGUUCGUCAAGCAGCUGUAGAAUUGAUGGCAGUUAUUGUAAAACGUUUGUCAGAAGACAAAAAAACAACUGAAUAUACAAGAGUUUUUCUAUGCAUGUUUGAUACGCAGUAUAGACAAGCAUCUAAAUGGCUUUGGAGACAAAUGUAUGUUCUUUUGUGUCAGCAAAUUGCAAUCAAGCAGGCUGUACCUAGAGAUGUAUUUGUUGAAGAAAUUGUACCUAAUCUGUUCUCCUUAGCCUGGGACAGUGUACCGAAUGUGCGUUUAGCUGUCUCAAGGUGCUUAUCUCUCACACUUUUACCCCUUGAUUAUCUACCUAGUAUUCAAAAGGCCCAUUAUGAACUUUUAUUGCAAGUUAUGUGUUCUUUGCAAAGUGAUGUUGAUAAAGAUGUUCGCCACUAUGCACAUUUAUCAGCUGAAACUUUCAAUGUAUUUCCACAGAAAAAGUUAUCUCCAAUUGACAUUGCUGAGAAGCUAGCCAUAUUUUGAAUAGAGAACUCUAUAGGACUUUCAAGAAUUGAAAAUACGUUUUUCUGUACCUAAAGUUAUUUUUUUACUUUUCUGGUGCUAUUUCCAGAACUAAUAUUUUAAUUUAUAUUUCGUAUUUAAAUUUUAUAAUUAAUCAAGUAUAUAUUUGCUGAAACUGUGAUACAGAUGCACUUUGAAUGAGUUUGUUAAAAACCCAUUGCCAUUUAGUGCAAUUUUGUAUAAAGAAAUUUUAGUCUACAAAAUAACAGUGCAUUGUAAAUUAUAUAAUAAAGUUGGUCUUAAAUUAA